AUGAGGCUGUGGAAACGAGCCUCCGGCGCGCUAAAGGACCAGAACAGCAUCUGGCAGGCCAACCUCUCCCGCCGCACCGCCCUCCGCAACCCGGACAUAGAGAAGGCCGUCAUCCGCGCCACCAGCCACCACGACUCCUCCUUCGACCGCCGCAGCGUCGACCGCGUCUGCGAGUGGCUCCGCCUCUCUCCGUUCAACCUCAAGCCCAUCCUUUGGUCAAUCUCCAACCGCAUGGAGAACACCCGUAGCUGGGUCGUCGCCCUCAAAGGCCUCCACCUCAUGCAAACCCUAACCAACUGCCGCACCCCCGCCGUGAAAAAAAUCGGCCGCCUCCCCUUCGACCUCUCCAACUUCUCCGACGCCCACGGCCGCGCCGCCAAGACAUGGCCCCUCAACGCCUUCGUCCGCGCCUACUACGCCUUCCUCGACCAGAAAUCCACCGUCGUCUUCCAGCACGCCGCCGCCACCGCCGCGGAGAAAGGCGCGCCGCCGCCGCCGCCGUCGGCGGAGGCGGCGGAGCUCCUCAUCGUGCAGGAGCUCGUGCUUCUGAAGAAGCUGCAGGGGUUGGUGGAUCUGCUCAUGCAGAUCCGCCCCCAGGGGAGGGCGGCGUUCGCCCCCCUCGUGAUCCACGUAAUGGACGGAAUCAUAAUCGAGAUUUACGAUCUAUAUAGCCGGAUUUGCAGAGGCAUCGCCGUCGUUCUGAUGAACAUCUACUCCGCCGGAAAAGCGGAGGCGGCGAUGGCGCUCAACGUCGUAAAAAAAGCCAGCCAACAAGGCGAAGAUCUCUCCUACUACUUCGAAUUCUGCCAGGAGAUCGGAGUUGUCAACGCCGCCGAUUUCCCGGUGAUCGACCGCAUACCGGAGGAGGGCAUACGCGAGCUCGAGCAGAUCAUCAGUGGCUUCUCCGACGGACCUCCGGCGAAGGAGUCGAAGCUCGAAGACGAGGAGGAGGAGAAAUCCGCCAUUGUUGUCGUUGACGAGGGAGGUAAGGGGAUAAACAACAACAACAAAUACAGGGAUGAUCUGAAGACGAUAAUCACAGACAAUUGGGAGAAAUUCGACGAAGAUUUCGGCGCGAAAAACCCGUUCGCCGAAACCCUGUUGAUUGAUUACGUGGAGAGCAGCAAGAUUCAAGAACCGCCGGAUUUGAUAACCUUCUUGUAG